CUGAUGUGCUUCGUAAUUUUCUCAUUUCUAUUGGACUUGAUGAUAGGAAGAACAUUUUCGUUUUCCUGUUGGGCCUUGUGUGUGCAAUGGCAAUCUCUAGGGUUAAAGUUUCGUCCAUAAUCCUGCUUCCAGCUUCUGUGUUGGUUUUUGCCACUGGUUUUACGGUAGGGUUUUUUCGUAAUGUAACCUUCGGUUUUGAUGAUGCAAGGGCAAUUAGAAGUAAGGAACGGGUAAAGGAGGAAAAUUUGAACUUGACUGCUGAGAAAUUAAGGAGCUUGGUGAAAUUCUUUGAUGAACUUGAUUUUAAAGCUAAUAACUUGAAGAGUGAUGUGGAAAGUGCUAUCAGAAAUAAUAAAAUUAAAGUAGGUGAUUUGGAUGGUUAUGUUAAAGUUACAGAUUCCAUAAAACUAUCAGCAUUGAAUGCUAGGAAUAUUGUCAUUAAUGUAAUCGACAGUGAGGAAAACUCGAGUGGUGUUUUGGUUGGGAAACAUAAGCCUGGUAGAAAAAAGAAAGAAGUUGGUGAAAUUGGGCACUGGAUGCUACAGUCUAUUGGUAAUUUGAUUGGAGAAAAUUUGCCCUCCUCCAAUUCAGCUAAAAUUGGAGAAAAUGUCACACGAGAGACCACUAAUAAAGAAUUUGAUCAAACUCGAGGGACUAAUAAUAGUACUCCUCUUGUUGAAGGUGGGUCCUUAAAUUCAGUCCAUAAGCAUAAAGCAUAUGGCAAUUUGGAUUCUUCUCAUGAUUCUUUGAGAAUGUCUGAUUUGGCAGUUGAUGGAAAAGGCAGUACAACUGCUAGUUGCGAGGAAGAAAUUUUGCAUUCAGAUGAUCAGGACAGAAGUGCCAAAAUAUUUCCUGACAAAAAAGAUUAUAGGCACCGCCAGAACAAUAGAUUGCAAUUCUCAAAUAGUCACAGCUUCUCUGUGAAGUUGAAUUCUGACAGCAUCAGAGACAUAUGUGAAUCUCAUGAUAAUCUGCUUGAUUCUGAAUACAUGGAAAGUGAAUCUUCCUUUGCACAUGAGCAGAUGAUCAAUAGUGCUCAUGAAACUCAGAAGUCUUCUCAUAAGAAGAGGGAAUAUGGAUCAUAUGGGUCUCAAUAUACAAAAAAUGGGAAGAACAGUGAUAAUCACCACAAUGUUCCCAAUGACUUGUUUACUCAUGAGAGUGAAUUGAAUGUCUCUUCAUCUUCGAAGAUCUCUGAUGAUAUGGUGUUUGAUAAGUAUCUUGUUGAAGCAACAGACCUCUUAAAGCAAGCCAAAGAGUGUAUGAAGGGUAGGUGUGAGGAAGAUCAAGCUGAAAUCAUGUUGUACAAGUCUUCCAAUUUACUUUCCAGAGCUGUAGACUUAAAGCCUAUGAGUUUAUUGGCUGUAGGCCAGUUAGGAAAUGCAUAUCUUCUGCAUGGGGAAUUGAAGUUAAAGAGUAGUCGUGACCUUAGAACGCUUCUGUCUGGAAGCGUCACUUCAUCAUCUGGAAAACAAAGUAGAAUCCUGAAUCGACUGCAAAACAAAAUCACCAGUAAAGAAAAUCUUGCACCUAUGUUAAUUGAUGUAUGUGAGGAGUGUGAAGAGCUACUUAUAGAGGCAGGCAGAAAAUAUAAGCUGGCACUGUCAAUUGAUGGGAAUGAUGUGAGAGCCCUAUAUAAUUGGGGUCUUGCUUUGUUUUUCCGUGGACAAUUGAUAGCAGAUAUUGGACCGGCGGCAGCUUCUGAGGCUGACAGAGUGUUCUUAGCUGCAAUUGACAAAUUUAAUGCGAUGUUGUCCAAAGGAAAUAUUUAUGCUCCUGAUGCUUUGUUCAGAUGGGGUGUAGCAUUGCAGCAAAGGUCUCGUUUGAGGCCAUCUAGCAGCAAGGAGAAGGUGAAAUUGCUACACCAAGCUAGAAGGUUAUAUGAAGACGCCCUUUAUAUGGACUCUGAUAACACCCAAUUAAGAGAUGCCUUAUCUACAUGUAUCGCGGAGCUUAAAUAUAGGCAAUUCUAAUCGGUUCAUGGAAAGAGUCAAUUAGCAAUAAAAUCAGUAUGCUUCCUACGAAGCUUGUAUUUC